AACAACAUCCUGAAGUCUCUUAGUCAGCUUUCUUGCCAUUUUAUUAAGUAGUCUCCAGGAAUAGUUCUCCAGGCGUCUUGAACGACAUUCAAAUCUCUUUUUUGAUUUGUUUUGUUUUUUAUUUUCUGUUCUCCCACACUGUUUCAGUCAUGUUGAGGUCCAUGCUCUGGAGGCCAAUCCAUGGCAGUUCACAGAGAACUGUAGACACUGACUGUUAUUGUUCUCUACUGGCCUCCUUUGUACAUAGAGUAACAAUGAUUUGUAAAUGAAUUUGCAAAUUUGGAUCCUCUCCAUUAAGCUCUGUUGCCACUGAUUUUUCAGUCCAGUUCUUCAAAUCAAAUCAAAUCACUUUUAUUGUCACAUCACAUGUGCAGGUACACUGGUACAGUACAUGUGAGUGAAAUUCUUGUGUGCGAGCUUCACAAGCAACAGAGUUGUGCAAAAUAUGUGUAAUUUGGCAUACCCCAGGCUUCUUGAGACCAUUUCUAAUGUGGCUUCAGUGAACAGUUCUGAUCGACCGGAUGCAUCUCUCAGGUCCUCUGUCUGGUCUUUCCUGGAUUUUUUUUCCUAUUUCUUAAGGACGUGAAAUUCAGGUAUCUUUUGUUUUUUUCCUCAGAUUCUGAGCCCCGAUGACUGCCUCCACCCGUACCACUGUGCUGUCGCUGUACAUGCGUGUUUUUCGCAUUGCCCGAACCUGGCAAGCACAGAGUGGUGUUCUGAGUGACACAGAGACAGAGAGGAAGUACAUACUGCAGGAGGCCCGCACUCUGUUCAGACAGAACCAAAAGCUCACAGAACAAGAAUCAAUAAAAAAGUGUAUAGAGGAAUGUGAAGCAAGGAUAGAAAUCGGUCUUCAUUACAGAAACCCAUAUCCAAGAGCUACGUACCUACCGCCCAUGGGACUGGCAACUCAAAAGGGCAGGAAGCUGCGAGCACAGCAGCGCCUGAGGAAACAGGCCAAACCAAUUUACUUACAGUCACAUGAUGAGACCUGAUGCUCGACAUCCCCGAUCUUCGUCAAGAGUUCAAGUUACCAGGGAGAGAAAACUAGAGUGCUGUUGCAGUCGAGAUGCUGCAAGCACUCAAUGAUGCAGGAACGCACGUCAUUCAGGAUAAAGCCACUUUUCAUUGUAUUUUCUUUUCCUUUUUCAAAACGCAAUCAUGAGUUGUAACUGUAGGUGAAGAGCUUUCGAUUCCUUUCAGCUCAGGAAAACUCCCACUGUACCACUUUCUAAUAUCAUACAAGUUUGUAUAUUUUAUUUAUUGUUAAGUUCAUUUGAUUAAUAAAAUUGUCUCAAUGUGGAGGAUUUCCAGACUCUUUUAAACUCACUGUCAGAAAUCAUGAAAUUCACUAAAUAUUCUCUAAUAAUCAGUUUUGUUAGGACCAUAUAUUUUUUUAAUUUAGUUAAUGAAAAAUUAAACAAAAGGUGAUUAAAGCACUUGUCAGAUUGUACUUUCACAAGCAUUUUAUUCCCUAUCUCUGUUUCCUUGUGGCAGUACAGGCACAAUUUAUACAUCGUUCUCUAUUUCUCUAUAAUUUUAGAGCUUUGUUGUGGUUCAGUAUGGUUUCCUCUGACCCAGUCUGUGCAGCUGUAUCUCAAAUCUCGUAAAAAACCCAGAAUGCUAUGAGAGCAGUUUGCUUUGAUAUUUUUUAUUUACCUCAGUCCCCCCAUAAUAAUGACACAGAGAACGAACAGCUCGGGGCGUGCAUCGCUUUCAAUUCCAUUUGGGGAUAACUCACAUAUUGAUUAUAGUGGCAAUGACCUGCAGGUGGGGUCAGUGAUCCAUGUCUAAUAUGACUCAUGUUAUUGUUGACUGAAUACUGAGUCAUUUUUCAGCACAGACUAAAGAGCAUUCGCUCUCGCUGUAAAAUGAUCACAAAUAUUCUGCUCUCUUUAAAAGUUUACUUGCUCUGAUCACUGAACACCUCUCAUUCACGGACAGCAAGUAUUAUGCAUAGUGACCCAUGUGCAGUUUAUAAAAUACACUAAAUGCACAAUAAAUGGUGAUGAAAUUGUGAUUUGAAUUAAUAAUCCAAGAAAGCCAAUUAACUUUACAGCAAACAAUCAAUGUUUUAUCAACAAGAGGAAGCUUGUUCAUCUUUAAAAGGGAAAAUAUUUCGGUGUUAUGGUGGUGUGAAAAAGUGUUUGCCUCCUUCCUGAUUUCCUAUUUUUUGUAUGCUUGUCACACGUAGAUCAUCAUGUAAAUACAAAAUGCAGUUUGUAAAUGAAGUUGUUUAUUAUUAA